GCUCUGCUCGUUCUCUUCUUUUGGAUAUAAGCGAGUCCAGAUUCCCGGUUUAGUGAUGAGCAAGUGGAACUAAAACAUUAGACGGUACUCUUGUGAGAAUUAGGAGGCCAUGUCCGCCAGCUCUAACUCUCGUCCCUCCUCCUCCCCUCAAAGGUUGGAAGGCAAGGUCGCUGUGGUAACAGGUGGAGCUUCCGGUAUCGGCGAAAGCAUCUCAAGGCUCUUCAGAAAGCACGGAGCAAAGAUUUGCGUCCUCGACCUCCAAGAUGGCCCUGGCCAUCAUCUCUGCAAGUCUCUAGGGGGCGACCCCGUGGCGUGCUUCUUCCACUGCGAUGUCACCGCCGAGGACGAUGUACGCCGUGUCAUCGACCUCAUCGUCGAGAAGCACGGCGGCAUAGAUGUCAUGGUCAACAACGCUGGGAUCACCGGCGAAAUCGUGCCCGAUAUCCGCAAGCAGGAUUUGGGUGAAUUCAAGAAGGUGUUCGACGUGAACGUGCAUGGCGUGCUCCUCGGAAUGAAGCAUGCGGCGCGUGUGAUGGUUCCUCAGAAGAAGGGCGCCAUAGUCUCGGUGGCCAGCGAUGCGAGCGUGGUUGGAGGGAUGGGUCCGCACGGGUACACGGGAUCCAAGCACGCAGUGCUGGGGCUCACCAGAAGCGUGGCACCAGAACUGGUGCAGCACGGGAUACGUGUGAACUGUGUCUCGCCAUACGCAGUCCCAUCAGGCCUCACCCUACCCCGCUUCCCUGGGGUUACGAGGAAGGUUGUGUUGAAGGGAUUUCUGUCCUAUAUUGGAAGCCAUGCAAACUUGAAAGGCGUGAACCUGCUUGCAGAUGAUGUAGCAGACGCCGUGCUCUACCUGGCAAGCGAUGAAGCCAAGUACGUCAACGGGUUCAACCUCAUGGUUGAUGGGGGUUUCACCUGUGUGAACAACACUUUUCCAGUAUUUAAAUCUGGAAGUCUGGCUUCCAGGUUCCUCCCUUGGUGAAGCAAGUUCGAUUAGCAGUCUUGGUUGUUAGAACAAGCUCUGCUUGACUGCGCGGCUACGGAUGGAUACCUACUACAAUAAACUCAGAUCACAAAAGACUAUUAGGAGUCUUUUAUAUCAUGUACUUGAUCUGUUGCAAGUUAAAUCGUUGGUAAUUAGUUGCUAAGUUGCACCAUCUCGCUGUAUGUUUGGAAAAUAUUACUUUUAGAACUGAGCAUUGCUUCUUUACCAGCAUUACUUCGAAAA